GGUAUAUAAACACAGCAUGGGCUAUAAUUUCACUUAUUUCAUAAAAUAAUACUGAAGAUGCGUUGCCUGUGGAUAAUUGCCGUAGCUGCUUUGAGCUUUGCCAACGCAGCACCACCACAAUCGCAAUAUGAUAUUAUCAGGCAGUUUUUUGGCUACUUGGAGACUAUACAAGAUGUCGAGUAUCAUAACAUCCUAGCCAUGACGCUCCAAUUCGUGGGUAGCAUGGUGGAGAAUGUCCCGGCCGAAGAACGCGGGCCAGCAACUGCCUCUUUGCAGGCCUAUGUCGAUCGCGGCCGAGUCGUGCUACAAAGGGGCACCGGGAAGCAGAAAAACGAAUACUGCGACAAAAUGCAGGAGUUGUUGGAAACUGUGAAGGGCCAAAUGACACCCGGCUCCAACGAAUCUCAGGUUAUCGGAAUGAGUUUAUUGGGUCUACUAGGUGUGGCAGCCGAGAUUGGCGAAGAGGAUGCUAAAUUCCAGUACAAGUUUACAGAGGGAGCUACGCAAAUGAAGGCAAAAUUGUCGCCAUCCACCAUUUCUCGUGAAAGCGAACUGUUCCAAGCGAUCGACGAGUAUAUCAACUCGAAGGAUAUUCAAGUACACGAAGCCCUUAUUGAAAAGGUCCUGUCAUUUAGGAAUAGGUACUAGCAUUGUUAAAACCUCCAAAUAAAUUUGCAACUAACCAUGAA